GCCCUACAGCAUCAGGCCCACACCCAGAGUCGUCUAGAUAAGCUACUUCUCGAGACCCAAGACCAGCACGAGAAAGAGAACGCUACAGAUCCAGAACUACAGAAAGAAGUGGAAAGACUUCAAAAUGCCCUGGAGAAUCUUCGUCUGGACACAGACCAAAGAGAACAUUUGGAGAGAGAAACCCGAGAGAGACUCGAGGCAAAGCUCCGACAAGGUGACGCUCUCCUUGAAAGGGCUGAAAUCGAACUGAAAGAAAGAGAUGCUAAAGUGAAGGCCUAUGAAAAUCACCUGGAAAUGGCCCGAGCUGAAAUCCACGACCUUACACAGCGUAAAGACUCUCUAAUAGAUGAACUUGACAUGGUUCACAGAGAACUGAAACAUUCUUAUAGCCUGCAACGUGAACAGAAAGAGGAAACACACUCCACAGAGUUUCCCCUGGCCAGUGAACCCCAGCGUGUCAGCCAAGAACUUCGAGCUGGAAAAGGGGGUGAAAGCCUGCUUUUCAAAAUGUCACCACAGGGGUUCGCCUCCACGAACCCCUGUCAGCAGUGGGGGAAGGAAAACCCUUCCAGAAAGUCCGGGUCACCAGCCACGGACACAUAA